AUGAAGCAUCUAUACCACAGUUUACACCACCCUGAAGAACUCCCUGAUUCUAGAAAUUGGGCACAUAAAUGCCUGGAUUCGCUGCUCUCCCAGACGAGCAAUCUGGCUCGACAGCACUGGGAACAAAAUAGGACCGAAAAGGUCAACCGCAGCAUCCUUUGCCUUCGGAAUUUCUCAAAGGAGGGCUUACGAGGUUUCUUGGAGGCGAUGAACAUCGAGAUCCAAGAUGAAUGGGAAAGAUAUGUUCUUGGAAGAAGGGCAGGCAACCCACGAGAGUUAUUCCAGACUGUGCACGAAGCUUCCCAAUGGAUCAAAAAGAUAAGCCCUGUGAAGCUCGUUGACGGAGCCUGGCUUGGCCAUCUGCGUCUCAGCUUGAUACCUUUCUCACUCCAACCCGUGCUCAGGGAUCUCUGGCAGAUUCUCUCAGAAGAGCUAGGUGAUGGAGAUAUGGCCAAGAAUCAUGUCUAUGUCUUCAAGGAACUGCUUCUGAGCGUCGACCAUGAGUUCCCCAAUUCCGACAGUGAAGACUUCAUUCGUUCCGCACACUUGACGGACAACUUGUCUACUUGGAAUUCUGCACUCGCACAGUUAACCAUCUCGCUAUUUCCGCAAGAUUACAUCCCCGAGAUCCUGGGAUUCAAUCUGCAUUUCGAGCUGGUUACGUUGGAGACGCUGAAAGCAACCAAAGAGCUGAAAGAAGUGGGUCUCGAUCCAUGCUACUUCUUCCUGCAUGUUUGCAUCGACAACACUGACUCCGGCCAUUCGGCUAUCGCCUUCCGCGCAGUGUGUCAUUUCAUGGAUUAUAUCCGUGAAGUAGAAGGAGAGGCGGCUGCCAGACGAGAUUGGAAGCGGAUACAGAAUGGUUUUUGCUUGUCACAGUUCUCAACCAAGUUGGAAUCCCCUCCAGAUGCCUUCCUCCCGAGCGAGCAUGAAACAAAAUUAGUGAAUAUUUUGACCAACAAAGUCCAAGCUUCCAGAAAAGUCCACUGCAACAGUCCUGCACGCAUCAAAGGCCGGUUAAUCGGAGACUGGUUGGAUCCCCAAAUGUGGCAGUCUCCAAGCUGGCGACUUGACUUCUUGCACGCUUUCAGUUGCGAUGAACAGUGGAUAUUUCCAGGCGACAGUCACCGCAGUCGAUUUAUCCAAGUUGUUUCUCCCGGCGGUAAGAUGUUUGGUUCAUUCACUGUGGACGAGCGCGAGGUUUUGAGAGAGUGGAUUGACAAUUUAUCACCCAAAGAUGAUGUAAAGACAGAAAAUCUCCGGGAAGAAUCACAAUGGCUUCGUUCCGAGCACCUACAUCCUGAGCAAGAUAUGAGACUGUCGGUGAAAAUAUCUUCGAACAACAGCCUUAUAUAUGAGAGGGUUCUCCCGCUUUGGUUUGCAGCUUGCAGCUUGCUAGAGGGGUUUGUGUCAGUUCCAACAAAAGCCGCCACACAGCUCGCCUUGAGCGUGCUGAAGGUCCUCCGAGUGCAGAACGGAUUUCGAGACUGUGAUCAGGAUUUCGCGCCGACCAAUGCUGCAGCUGAACGAGAUCCUCUCCACACACUGAGCAGCAUAGGACUAAUAAUGAUAGAGUCUGCGGGAUUUGGCAGCGUGUCUUCGCUCGCCCAAAUCCUUGAAAUGUGGCCGUUAGAUUUCUCGUCCAAGAUGGUUGAGCUGUCUCGAAGGCCAGAAGAAAACAAGGCGAUCCUCAUUGGCAUGUCUCUGGCAUUUGCCGAGUUUCAUGCUCAAGUGAGCUCCUCUCAACUUCUGGAGCGAACGUGGAGUGAGGCGCUUCGUACCAUUGCUGAAAGCGAAAUACGCCACCUGACCUGCUGCCGUCGACUUUUGGAAGAUGAAGGAUAUCGACGUCAACUCGAGGCCGGAUAUAAAAUCGCGACCAUAGAAAUCCACAAGAGCAUCAAGGAUGGGAAGGAAAGUAUAUAG